AAGCCAACAACUCGUCCACCACCACCACCAGUCACUCGUCCACCAGCACCGAAGACUACCCGUCCACCACCCCCACCUGUGACUCGUCCACCACCACCAAAGCCUCAGCCAACACCCAAGGAUGACGGCUACAAAUACCCCGUGCCAAGCAUUCCUUUCGAUUUUUAGGUGUCAACUGUAACAGUUGAUUUACUCAAUGUUAUGUUAAGAAAGAUAGCCUGCGAGUUUUAAAAGUUUAUUUAAAAGUGGUGAAGCUCAUUAACGCCGAAAGCUGACAAUCUAGCGAUGUGGUACCAACAAGCAAACUAGGGCUAGAUUCAUCUAGUCAAUACAAUAUGAGAACGUUAUUUUUGCUUUCGACUCCAAAAGAGCUCUAGCAAGAAUUUCAAAUGUUUUUCCUUUUUGUUUUAUACUUAAAAAUACUCUUACAAUUAGAAAUACUUAUUUUAAUUGAAA